CACAAACUUUGCUAGCUGUAUACAAAGUAUAUUUAUUUACUUUACUCAUGAAACGGUAGAUUUGAUGUUGCAUUUUGUUUGUGAAAUAGUCUUUUAUAGGAUGUGAUACGAAGCUGUCGUACGAAGUGUUUUCAACUGAUAUUUUCUUUUGUGAAUACAAUUUGUUUCCUUUGCUUCUAUUAAGAGAUACUGACGGUCGUAUGUCCAACAUGAAAAGGAAUGGCACUUAGGCCAUAUUGACAUUACGAUCUCGAAAAUGUCAAAGUUCAUCCGUAGAUCCGUGCAAGGGAUGUGUUUUGUGAAAAACAAAAAUUAAUGAAUUAAAAAUGAUGUGUGAAGUGUAAUACAGUGUUCCUAGUAUUUGGAUCUGUUGAGAAUAUGUUUCAUUAUAUUGGACACUCUAAGUAGACUAAAAAAAUGUUGAUUAAAGAAUACCGGAUACCACUGCCUCUCACUGUAGAGGAAUACAGGAUCGCACAGCUGUAUAUGAUAGCUAAAAAGAGCAGAGAAGAAAGCUCCGGUGAAGGUAGUGGUGUGGAAAUUUUAGUCAAUGAACCGUAUGAAGAUGGCCCUGGUGGAAAAGGUCAGUACACCCAAAAAAUUUAUCAUGUUGGUAGCCAUUUACCCGGCUGGUUUAAAAGUUUACUUCCAAAAUCUGCCUUAACGGUUUCCGAAGAAGCUUGGAAUGCCUAUCCUUAUACAAAAACCAGAUACACAUGUCCAUUUGUUGAAAAAUUUUCAUUAGAAAUAGAAACUUAUUAUUAUUCUGAUAAUGGCCACCAAGAAAAUGUCUUCAACCUAACUGGAAGUGAUUUAAAAAGUAGAAUAGUUGAUGUUAUUGAUGUUUGUAAAGAUCAGCUCUAUGGUGCUGAUUAUGUCAAAGAAGAGGAUCCUAAAUUAUUUCACUCACAAAAAUGUAAUAGAGGACCGCUUACUGAUAACUGGCUUGAAGAAUAUUGGAGUGAAGUACAAGGCAAACCUCAACCAUUGCCAAAUGGAAAGUCACUCAUGUGUGCUUAUAAGCUUUGUAAAGUUGAAUUCAGAUAUUGGGGUAUGCAAACAAAACUAGAAAAAUUUAUACAUGAUGUUGCAUUACGGAAAACGAUGCUAAGGGCCCAUCGCCAAGCAUGGGCAUGGCAGGAUGAAUGGCAUGGCCUUACAAUGGAUGAUAUAAGAGAGAUUGAGCGCCAGACACAACUGGCUUUGCAAAAGAAAAUGGCUGGUGACACAAGUGAUGAACAAGAUCUCUCUGAAGAGAAUUCCAAGUCUCUGGCAGCUACAAUGAGCAGUUUGGAAAAGAAUGAAGAUGUUCCAACACCUAUGGUAACUAAGAAAAAUACUGAAAAAAGAAUUCAAAAGCAUCUGACACCUGAAGGAACUCCACCAUCGGAACACAAAUCAUCUAAAACUAAUCUUAGAUCAUCUUCAUCUGGGUCUAUUAAAAGUUUGCAAGCACAAGCUGCAAACUGGAGAAUGGAAACUCUUGUUAGAGAAUCAGAAACAGAAACAGGCUCAGAAGAUGAGUUCUAUGACUGUGAAUCCUCAUUUAAUAAAUGGUCUUCCAUGUGUUCCCUUGAUGAAGCUGACAUUGACAUUUCACCAACUCAAGGCGAUAACAGUCAAGAAGAUAGUAUUUUUAAUCCUUCUUUCUUAAAACGUGUCACUUCUGAGAGAGGCUCGCGCAGAAUGCCUAAUCUUCAAAGUCAUCCCAGUGUUGAUGGUUGCCCAGAGACUCCUGUGCAUAGUUCAUGUCCUACUACUGUUUUGAUACUUGUUUUUCAUGCAGGAAGUGUCCUAGAUGCUAAUGUAGAUAUGACAGCCAAGAAAUCAGAUGUCACCACUUUUAAAGGAGCUUUUGAAUCAGUCAUGCGACAGCAUUAUCCAACGCUUAUUGGACACAUAGCUAUAAAACUGGUGUCAUGUCCAUCUAUAUGCACUGAAGCCUUGGGCGUGUUGUCAACACUGAGCCCUUAUAGUUUCGAUUGUUCACCAUCAACUAUUGAAUCUCCGUCAUUAACAAACGAUCUUAUACCUAUUGGUGCUAUACCAUUAAUUGCUACGACAUCUCCAGACUACGCAGAGUCCGUUACAAAAACAAUUAACUCUGCAAACACCACAUACAGCGAGUUUCUCAGAUCUGAUGAUGGGAAAGGAUUUAAUGGACAAGUCUGUAUUGUUGGCGACAGCAUGGGGUCCGUGCUAGCGUAUGAUGCUCUUAUCAGAACUUUACAAUACCAAUCCAGGCAUGACAGUGAGAACAGCAUUUUAGAUACGGAAAUAACUAUCCCAAAUGAUCCAAUGGAGCCGCAAUACCUCAAUAAGUCACACUUACAAGCUCCGACUCCAAGGAGGCGUUCGUCAUCGACUAGUGAUAACCACAUAAAAUUUGAAUUUGAAGUGAGUGACUUUUUCACUUUUGGUAGCCCCUUAUCACUUAUAUUAGCGUCUAGAAAAAUUUCUGAUGACAAAUCUCGUGAUAUUAUGAAGCCACCAGUACAACAAGUAUUCAACUUGUUUCACCCGACUGAUCCUGUGGCUUCAAGGCUGGAGCCACUGCUCUCAGCUAGAUUUACUAAUUUGCCACCAAUAAAUGUUGCUAGAUAUACAAAAUAUCCUUUAGGCAAUGGUCAGCCUUACCAUUUAAUGGAAUUGAUACAAAGUCAUCCUCAAUUAUUUGGAGAUCACUUGCAAAUGCCGCCAACUCCUGUGUUAAGAAGACUAUCCGAAGCAUCUGUACAAAGUACUGUCAGUGGCCUAGUAGAUAACAUUCCAUUGAUUACUAUGAAUGCAUUACAGCAAAAAUGGUGGGGAUCCAAAAGACUAGACUAUGCUUUGUACUGUCCCGAAGGAUUGACUAAUUUUCCAACAAAUGCUUUACCUCAUCUAUUUCAUGCAAGUUAUUGGGAGAGUUCUGAUGUUAUUGCUUUCAUAUUGCGCCAAAUUGGUCAUUUCGAUUUAGCUCUCUACGGACACUCAGAUGAUAAAGAGUGCUCUAUGUUUAAACCCGGACAAGAAAGAGAAAAAUGGAUGAGAAAACGAACAUCGGUUAAAUUGAAAAACGUUGCUGCAAAUCAUAGAGCCAACGAUGUUAUCGUAAAAGAGGGAUGUCCGCAAACGUUUUCUGCGCGUUUUAUGUACGGACCAUUAGAUAUGAUAACGUUAACUGGCGAAAAAGUGGACAUUUAUAUGAUGAAGGAUCCUCCAGCAGGUGAAUGGGCUAUGUUGUCGACUGUCGUCACUGACAAGACUGGAAGGAUAACAUAUACAUUAACAGAACGACAAAGUGUCGCUUGCGGUAUUUAUCCGGUAAGAGUUGUUGUUCGAGGUGACCACACAAUGUGUAAUUUUCACCUAGCCGUUGUACCCCCUCAAACCGAAUGCGUUGUGUUCAGUAUUGAUGGAUCUUUCACAGCUAGUGUGUCGGUUACUGGACGAGACCCGAAAGUGAGAGCUGGUGCUGUCGACGUUGUGAGAUUUUGGCAAGAUCUUGGAUAUCUCAUUUUGUAUAUAACAGGGAGACCUGACAUGCAACAAAGAAAAGUCAUAUCAUGGCUGGCUGAACACAACUUCCCGCAUGGUUUAGUAUUUUUCUCUGACGGAUUUUCAACAGAUCCAUUAGGACAUAAGGCAGCACAUUUGAACAGUCUUAUAACUGAUCACGGCGUCAUUAUGCACGCGGCGUACGGAUCAGGAAAAGACAUAACUGUUUAUCAUAACUGUGGACUUUCCCCAAAACAAAUUUAUGCUAUUGGGCGAAUUAGUAAAAAGUACAGUAAUAUGGCAACGACACUUAACGACGGUUAUGCAUCGCAUUUAGCUGAUUUAAAACAGCCUGGAGCGUCGAGACCUGCUAGAGGAAACGCUCGUCUUCUGGUACCCAGGCGACUGUUGGCCCCCGUAGGUGGUGGGUCCACGUCACGAGUUCGUCGUUAAUUUAGUGUAAACUUCUAAAAUAGUAUUCCUUAAAACGCUUGAUCUUCCUCGGGUUAGACGGUGUUUGUGAUAGGAUAGUGCUUCGUGUACAAUCGUCGUAAUAGUCUUCUAAUACUUUUUUAAUGUAUUCUGACCCAAAUACAUUGCUAUUGUUUUGGCAGACUUCAUCUGUAUGCACAUACUUUUCCAAUACAGGAUUAUAAUAUUCAUACAGAUUUGUAUGAAUAUCAAGAUGUAUAAACAAGAUUUAAAAUUAGAUUAUCGCGAAAGGAGAAAACACCAGUACAUUGAUUCUCAACAUUCGUGUAUCUUAAUGUUGAAAUAUAAUUGUAACGACUGUUAUAAUAUUCUAACUGUAAAAACUUGUUACAUACUUCUAUUAACUGAUCACAAUGCAAAGUAAAAUUAAAGAAAAUGUAUAUUAGUUAUACAUAUUUAAUGUUGCUAGUGUGACUGGAGGAGCGAAAUCUCUGCACAGAAUUUUGUCAUGCUGUGCUCUUUUCUAGUCUAUUUGCCAUUCGUAGAACUAUGCUUGCACUUUUAUUAAAGUUGAAUUAUCCGAUCAAGUGUAAAAGUUAAUUUUCGGUCUUAUACGAAUGUUUACAAUCGUGUCUAGUAGUUUACGUCUCGAAACACAUGUACAGUUCUAGUUAAAUUUCAUGUGAUGUUUUGUUUAUAUAAUUGAUUCUAUUUUAUUUUGUAUCUGAGCAGUUUGUUUUGAUAGUUUUUUUUUAUUACUACCAAGUUUCAGCGUGAUUGUAAAGUUUUAUGAGAUGAAUGGAUAUAUUUAUUUAUUGUUAAAAUUUCCAUUGUUUCUGACAUUGCGGUAGUGGUACCUACACUUAAGUAGUGUUAAGACGUUGUAUAUCGCGUGAUAUUAUAUCUUGUUAUUUAUUUAUAGUUCGGAAUAGUUUGGAGAAUAUAAUAUUGAUACUUGCAUUUGCUAUUUACAACUCGACUACGGUGCGGAGGUGGUGUUUAUUACUGUGCGAAAUGUUUACCAUUCCAUAUUUUCGAUAUAUCCUGGUUGUUCUAAAUGGAAUUCGAUGGCUACUAGCUAUACUUAGUAGUAGCUCCAUUUAUAUAUCUCCUUUGUCCGUAACCGUAAUACCGUAGUGGGGCUGUAAACUAUUUUAGAAUAUUGAUGUUAGAUGAUGCCUGUAAUAUUGAUCAAAUUAGACUUUAUUAUAUUUAGACGAAAGUGUCCAAAACACUGCAUAUGACAUCAUGUCGAAUUUUUAUUAAUUUUGCACGGGAAUUCUGUGCGAUUAUAUGUAAUAAAUUCCUAUUUGAAAUUUCUAUUUGUCAAGUGUUAAACGUGUCAAGUAUUUUUAUCAUUGCCACUACUAGGCCGAUCAAUUAAAUAAUUGUUAUGAUUAUUGAGUAUCUAAAAUGAACUAAGUGUCACAAAGGGUGUGUUUUAAGAAUAUAACUUAGUACCUACCUAUAUUCUAAGAUUGAAAAUUAUUAAAUAACUGCGUCGGCAAUAUCUAAAUUCAACUUAAAAAUUUAAAUUAUAUAAUAUUUAUAAUUAUAUCGUUGAUAUUAUAAAUUAUAAGUACCUAAUCCAAAUAAAUUUAUUUUUCUAGUUCACAAUUUGAGUUCUGAUGAACAUAACUAAAUAAAUAAGUAAAUUAUAUUAAUUAUAUUAUUACGUAUUAAAAAGUAAAUUAUAUAAUCUUUAUUAUUGUACAUUCCUGUUUCAGAGAUAUUUCUAUUGUUAUUAUUUAUUGAAAUUAAUAUAAUAAUUAAUGAAUAUGUAACUAAAAAUUUAAAAUAUUGUCUAAUGUUCUCAUUAAUAUAGGUUUAUUCGAAAGUUAACCAAUAUAUUUUCUUAUAUCUGUAUGUAAAAAUUAUUUCAUCGUACUCCGUUACCAUUAGAUACAAAUACUUUUUGUAUCGGUGUAUAAAUUGUAAAAUGUUAUGUACUUAAGCGACAUACAUUAGUGCAUUAUUUGAACAAAGAAAUUAUAUACGUUUCGCUUAUUAUAAUUCUGUAUUGUAUUGUACUUUAUUGCUUAUUGUUAUAAAAUUCGUAAUUAGCUAAUUGCUUCUAAAAUACUAAAUUAUGUACGCUAUAAUACAGUAAGUAUUUGAAUUUGUAGGUAAUAUUUUUUUCAAUACCUUCAAUCAAUGCCCCGCGUGAGGUGUUUCUUUUUCUGUUAGAGCUGUAGAUAAAACAGUGUGUAAUGCUAAAGACGGUGAUGGAUAUAACUGCAGCCUAUAGAUAAGCAUGUAUAGCCACUUAUAUGGCUUCACGCGAGGUCGUCCAUUCUCUACCUAUCUAAAAUUAUCCGUUUCGUAUAAACCUGAAGCCCUGGCAUCACUGCUAACGCGAGAGAAUAUGAUCUAUUUGAUGUUUGUAUCCGAAAGCCGUUACGUGUUGCGCAAAUAGACAGCUAACGCAAAUACAAGCUCUUCUAUCGCCGUUACGAUACGAUUUAGACAUUUCCUAUCAAACUUAAUACCUACCUAUCACUACACAAGAUACAAUUCAAACCGAUAGCACUUUAUUACUAACUAUACUUAAACUAAUUAACAUGAUUACUUUUAACGAUCUUAUUAAUUAACCAACGUGGAUCUCUGAAGGUCAAUUAUUCCAUCCUAGACUAUUUAAUCAACUAGGACGGUGACUGAAAAUGUACUUAUCUUCCAAUCAUCCCUAAAUAGGUCGGUAUGUGCCAAGACGAAUACCAAUACACCUACCUGCCUAUAAUAUAAACUAAUUUAAAUAUAUUUAACCUUAUAACCGGUUUAAGAUCAAAGGGUUUAACCAUUUAUUUUUAUCCGUAUGAGGUCAGUUCGGUGUUAUAUAUUCUAGUAUUAAACGCUGUUCUACUUUUUACGUUUCAAUGGUCAACCAUUUCAUCCGCGAUAGUCAGAUUCCUAUUCUAUAUCGAUCGGUGCCUAGCCUGUAACAAUUCGUAAUACAUUGUGUUCAUUUCGUAUCUAAUAGAAAACAGGUGCUUAUUCUCUCAACACAGGCCGUGAUAUGCUUUGUAAUCAUUCCUAUGAAUUGAAAUAAGUACAUGAGAUACUCGUACAGGUUGUUUGUAUUAUCUUUGUAUUGCGAAAUUAAAGUAAUUGAUAAAUACCUUGAUAAAAUAUUUACAUAGCCGAAACGAAGUAUAGGUGCGGUUGCGUUCACUUGAAACCGGUAAUUGUUAGACGAGUUACGAAGUUACGUUACGAAGCUUAUGUGUCUGAUUGUAGUGGAUAACGACUUUUUGAUGACUAUGUCUCAAAGUAUGUAAGUCCUUUCUUUUCCGUUCAUAAUUACGUGAAACCUGUGCGUGAAACAUUGGUGUCACGCUUUUAUGAAACUGGAGUCUGUUAUAUUAUUAAUACUAAUUAACUAAUAUACUAAAUUAGUCAUGGGGUAAUGUUUAUAUUGUAUUUGAGUUUUUAUUGCAUAUUGAGAUGUAUUUUUUUUAAUAUUUAUUGACUAUAGUUUUAUGAAGCACUGCGCUUCGCAAAAACUUUCUGUCUAUCUACCCUAUCUAUUUAUUCUGUUCGUUGAAAUGUAAACCGGACACCAUUAAUUUACAAAAUUCUUUUAAGGUUUUUGUUUCGUAGUCAUUCCAAAUUAGUUAUCUUAUCUGUAAUGGUUACAAAGCGAGGGGACAACACCUGAUACCAUGGGCGUAGCCACAGUGGGAUGGGGACUCGCCCUACCCAAGAACAUAAUAGAAAAGACAAGCGAAACACAUUGUCCAUUUGCGAUAUUGUAUUUUUAAAACAAACAGCAAGCAAUAUACGGGACUAUUGUUACUUUGCAGCAGAUUAUUGUAUGGAUUAAUGGAUAUCACUAAUAUGACAGCUUAAUGAAAGAACUGUAAUAAGUAUCCACCAUACCAAUGUAAUUUUACUAAACACCCAUGACGCAGUUUUGGCUCCGAAUGACAUGGUAAUUUGUUCGAUAGCUUAUGCAUAUUUAGGAUUUUUGUACCUAUCAGUUUUAAAAUUAUUUUUAUAAGUACAACAAGCGAUCUGAAAUCUAGUUAUUUAAGAAACAGACGUUAUAUUAAAUCAGUAUUUUAAUAAUUAAAUAAAUAGUAUCUUCAUUUGAUCAUUGAUUUAGAAUUUAAUAGUAUUUCUUAAUAAGUAUUAUGGUGAAUGACUUAAUAAUGUAUAUGUAUGUGUAUGUACCUGGUUUCUAAAUCUAUACAAUUAGGGCUACUAUUAAAUGUAUUUAUUUGUACCUGUUAUAAAUAUAAUUCAUUUCUCCUUCAUAUUAUGCUAGCUUCAAGUUCUUUUAUGAUGUAUGUACUAGUGUGUGGGAAAAUAAAUUAUUGUUGUUG